AAUGUGCAGAUGACAUCGGUAGGCGGAAGAUCUGCAACCACACACUUGGUCACAGGACUUAAGCAGCACCGAAGACGCGCACACAUCAAGCUGAAAGCGUGAAGCAGAGCAUGAGACACACGGGAAGCAACUUCAUAGACUAAAAAAAACAAAAAACCAAAGGAUUUUCUACAUAUGUAACAGAAAUCCAGCCAAAGAAACAUGGCGGGUCACCCUAUCUCCCUCCAGCUUGCUUCUACAAUCUCAUUUCCUUUACAUUAAGCGAGCGUCAUAGGACGCUGAAGACAAAAGGAUCCACACGCCCGCAUCUCUGCAGAACUCUGCACCGUUGUUUGGUUUUUGAUUAAAGAGCAGAUUUUUGAUACAGAAGACAAUCUGGAAGAAGACGACUCACUUGUGAUCACUCAAACUAGAGGUGAAGAUGAAGAAGUCAGAGAUGUUUGGCUUCACUCUGGAGGCAGACGACAGGACAGAGGAGGAGAAAUCACAACGGAAAGCAGGCAAGAAGGAUGGUUUUGCUUCUGCUCUGGGCUUGGGUCAGGACGGCCCAAAGGCCCCCAUGGACACCGACUACCAGGAGGAGAUGGAGGAGACCAAACCUCAAAUAAGAUUCAAUCUCAACUUUGACAAAGGGAUCCGAGGUGAGCAGCAGACGGACAGCAGGAGAGACAGCAAGACGUUCAACAUUGAUAGACUGUUUGAAGCAGUGGCCAGCAGGGAUGUUACAAAGCUGGACGGCCUGCACCAGUACCUCCACCAGAACAUGAAGAAGCUCUCUGACUCUUUGUAUCAGUCCUACGGUAAAACCGCCCUCAUGAAAGCUCUUCUGCACAUCAAAGACGGCAAGAACGAGACCAUAGACGUACUAAUCGCCAUAUCAGAGAGCAUGGGCGACAUCAAGGAGUUUGUUAAUGCAGCUUUCACCAGCAACUACUACAGAGGUCAGACAGCUCUGCAUAUAGCCAUCGAGAGGAGAAGUCUCCCGUAUGUGAAGCUGCUGGUCAGCAAAGGAGCAGACGUCCACGCUAAAGCUUGUGGGAAAUUCUUCCAGCAACAUGACGGCCCCAACUUCUACUUCGGUGAGCUUCCCCUUUCCCUGGCAGCCUGCACCAACCAGCCCGACGUGGUGGACUUCCUCAUGGAGAACGAGUUCCAGCGAGCGGAUGCUAAGCUGAGGGACUCUCAGGGCAACACGGUGCUGCACGCCCUGGUGCUGGUGGCUGACAACUCAAAGGAGAACACAGAAUUCAUCACCAGCAUCUAUGACCACAUCCUCAAGACAAGCGCCCAACUGCAUCCCAAGCUGAAGUUGGACGAUAUCGAGAAUCACAAGGGGCUGACGCCUCUCAAAAUGGCUGCCAAGACCGGCAAGAUUGGGCUGUUUUCACACAUCCUUCAACGGGAGUUCCAGGAGAGUCACACCAAACAUUUGUCCCGUAAAUUCACUGAGUGGGUGUAUGGGCCGGUCCACUGCUCCCUGUAUGACCUGGCCUCUUUGGACUUGCACGAGGACAAGUCGGUGAUAGAGAUCCUGGUCUACAGCAGCGACAUUCCCAACCGUCAUGAGAUGCUGGAGACGGAACCUCUGAUCCAGCUGCUGGAGAAGAAGUGGAAGAAGUUUGCGGGUCGAAUGUUUUUCUUUAAUUUCCUGGUCUACCUCCUGUACCUGAUCAUCUUCACUGUUGUAGCCUACAAUAAGAAGAACGGACCGCCGCCGUUUCCCAUCGAGCACAACACAUGGGGUUACCUGUAUGUUUCAGGCCAGCUGCUGAUAACACUGGCUAACAUCUAUUUCUUUUUCAUUGGGAUCAUAGACAUGAAGAGGAAACACCCAAAGCUGCAGACCCUGCUGAUCGAUGGAUAUUAUGAGAUUCUAUUUUUCGUGCAGGGCGUCCUCUUCCUGGCCUCGGCCGGGCUCUAUCUGUGUGGGCGGCAGGAGUACCUGGGCUUCCUGGUGCUGUGUCUUGCUCUCAGCUGGUUGAACCUGCUCUACUACUCCAGGGGUGACAGACACAUGGGCAUCUACAGCGUCAUGAUACAGAAGAUGAUCCUCAGCGAUAUCCUGCGCUUUCUUUUUGUCUACAUCGUUUUCCUCUUUGGAUUUUCAGCAGCCGUGGUCACCCUGCUCAUAGAGCCUCCUGUGAAAAACACCACUCGACCGAAGAAGGGCCGUUUUUUUGAUGACCACGGUCAAAAUGAUGCUGAUGAUGGGUGUUUGAAACCCAGCUACAGAAACAUCUCCUACACCACGCUGCAGCUCUUUAAGUUCACCAUCGGCAUGGGCGACAUGGAGUUCACCCAGGGCUACCAGUACAAGGAGAUCUUCUACGUGCUCCUCAUCGGCUACAUCAUACUCACCUACAUCCUGCUGCUCAACAUGCUCAUCGCUCUGAUGAACCGCACCGUGGAGAAGAUCACCAUGGAGAGCGCCAGCAUCUGGAAGCUACAGAGGGCUGUCACUAUCCUGGACAUGGAGAAACGGCUGCCCAACUGCCUGCAGAAGAGGUUUCGCUGUGGGGUGGAGAUAAAACUGGGCACUGCUCUUGGAGACGACCGCCGCCAGUGUUUCAGAGUGGAGGAAGUCAACUGGAACAAAUGGAACAUCAACCUGGGGAAAAUCAAUGAGGAUCCUGGGUGUUGGGACCGUGUCCAGCUGCCUGCCCCAGACACCCCGCCGAGCCUACCAAGAGGGAGGAGCUGGAGAGGCUUGCUCCCGGAGCGCAGUAGGCGGUGGCGGGCAUAUCAGUCCACAGAGACGAGCUCCUCACCGGUGUAAAGGGCCAACGCGGGGCUUCACUCUGGCUGCUCAGCCUGACUGACCCGAGCAACGAGGCAUUCAAACCUAAAGACAGUAUCCAGUUUCAGUUCCCCAAGAAAUGUAACUGCCAAAUGGAUGAACUGCGACUCUGACUGACUGAUGCUCCAGUGUGUCAACUUGAUUUUAAAUUUCAUCUUCAAGGCAGUAUUUCACCAAGCUGAGCGGUGAUGAGGAAAACAUUGUGGAUAUGUGUGCAUUUGACUGAUAUGAUGCUAAAAAAAAAGACGUAGAAUGUAUCACUCCUGCAACAAGUGCUGCCUAAAUGCCAAAGAAAUCAUGCAUUUUAAAUUAAACAUUUAAUCCAAAA